CUCGACCAUGAGCAAGGGACAUGCCAAAGGUAGUCUUACAUGUCGCAACCCUUAAAGUCCUCGAUGGAAGUCCUCUCCCAAGGAGACAUGUUUCUGUAAGCAAAGCGGCGAAUCUAGAUAGGUUGAAUAUCAGAUCACAGGAUCUCAAUGAGCGCAGCCACGAGCCCUCUUUUCACCACCGUUGAGCUUCUUGAAGAAAUACUUCUCGAUACUCCAUCGAGAACGAUUUUAACCUUGGCGACACAACACUCCAAAAGGCCGAACGACUACCGACGCAAUAGAUCUCAAUCCAUUAGUUUCGAACCAGCUCUGGCCACACGGCACCUCAUCAAAACCCACGGCCAAACACCCUCUCCCUCUCAUCUAUCAAAACUCCACAACAGAAUUCCUCCGCCUCGAAGACACUUCCGCAAUGCGCAUGUACCUCACAGAGCAGCCCUGCACGAUCGACUUGCGCAUCUCCCGUUCCACGACGAAAGCCUGCGGCGGAGACGUACUUGUCACACUGGGUCACUGCAGGCUUGGCGAAAUCGUGGCCGUUUGUAAAGCAGUCAAGGGCUGUUUUGCGAAACGUAAGGAAAGUGAGAUUGAGGAUGCUAAGAGUCGAGGAGAUUGGAGUGGAUUGUUGGAUGCGGAGACGGAGGGUUUGUUGAGGCAAUAUCGUGGGAGGAUUGUGAGGUUUUAUUGAUGUUGAUCUGAUAUGCGGAAGGCUUGCGUAUAGCUUGGACAGCGUGAGGAAGGAGCUAUUGGGUAGCUAAGCGAGUGGUCUGUGCACAG